AUAAAUCAAACCUCAAUAAUGUCUACACCCAAGGAUUGAUUAAGAAAAUUAGCCUUCCAUUGAGCUUAUAGAACUCAUGGAAUACAAGAUUACAAAAGAAAAAUAAGUAAAGGAAAACCUGAAGAUGAAAUAAAACAAGUUAGAAAGCUCUCACUCAAUUCUACAUAUUUUGUUGCUCAGCCCUGCUUCCCUAUUUAUACCACACAUAGACCGCCUCUUGUUUGAUUUCCAGCAGAAUCCAUUCCUUAAACAUUAAGUUUCAAGUGCAAGUUGUGAGAAAGUAACAUCAAUUUGCUUCAGCUUUUGUCUCUUGUUCGUUUCUGCUUCAUGUGCUGUUUUCUUUGACUUUCAAUUGUUGUGUCCUAUUUUACUUCUUACAGCAACAUGCCACUUCAAGUGGGCUUUUCAAAAAGGUAGAGUUUGCCUCAUUUGGAUAAAAAUUGAGUAAGUAAUGACCAUUUGAUUUGUUUAACGUGACAUACUAUAAUGUUGUUAGAUUUAUAUUCCAAUUGACGAUUGUGUUGGAAAUUGGUUUUUGAUGGUUGCCGCUGUUGACGACCAAGUAUUGUAUCAUCUUGACCCGGGCUUUGAAACAAGAACUACUAUACCUAGACAGGGGGUCAUUAAGAAAGUGUGGCAAGUUAUCACCGAAAUGGUACAAACUAUGGCGCAAGCAAAUUACUAUCCACCAGAGUUUCUACGUGAAGUGGACAAAGACAAUUGGGAUAUGGCUGACCCUGUAGGACUUGUUUCUGAAGGAUUUUGUCAGCACUCUGCGGUGUGGGUCUUACAGUGGCUAGCAAUGGGUUCGUCCUUUACACCAAACAUUCAUGUCAUGCUGAAAGAAGAUGUUGUUAGAAUGAAGGCGGCAAUGGAUUUGUUGUUGGGUGAUCAUAAUGAACACAAAGACAUCCUGGUGGAAAAGGCUAUAGAAAGGCUUGGCAUAAUAAUAUCAAUAAUGCCUAGAAAUCCAAAAGUUUCAAUUAGUUUUUGCUAGGACAUUGUAGGCAUGUCUACAAUGGGUUAAUCUGUUUUCCAUUUUUCCUAUGUUUUUUUGUUUUUCCAUUACUUUGGUUAGUUUUGCUUAUUGUUGUUUUACACUGCACUCUUUUCUUUUUUCAACAUGGUUUAAACUUUGAGUUUAUUUAGUGAAGUUUUUAACAAUGUCAUUGUUUCAUGCAAA